AUGAAAAAUAAACCAAAUACUAUCGAUACACAAAAUCCAAAACAACAUAUUGGCAUUAAAAAUAAGAUAAACAGUAACAGAUAUCUCAAUAUGUUUGAUUGGAUAAAAUCCAGAUUUCCCGGCCGUUACGGCAAAUAUGAUGUACCGCAAAGAGUUCAUAAUGAUGUCACCGAGAAGGGCAAGUCCCGAGUUCAACAAGAUCUGAAGCACAAAGUUCAAGUUACCGUCAAUAAAAAUAAAGAAAUUAACAUUAUUUCACCAUCUGCGGAAAUUGUAGAAGUAACUUCCAGUUUUAAACAGAGUCCAAUAGAGAACUUUUUCACUUCUGAUGACGAACCUGUAUCUUUUGCUACAACAUCUUUCAAAGACUUUACUGAUAAAUCCUCUGGGAUAUGUUUACCAUUAAAUGUGAUUGACACACAUUCAUUGCAGCAAAAUUGUCAAUUAUCCGAAUGCGUUUUGGUGGAUUUGAUUCAAUUUAAAGAACAUGACUCUAAACUAAAAUCUUAUGAGACUGAUUCAGAUUCUGGUAGAUCGAGUCUAUCAUAUCAAAGUUCCAGUCAAUCGUGUGAAAGUCUGGUUUCCAUAUCAAAAGAUAAUCCUUACCCUGGACAUACAAUCACAAGAGCAGACUCCAGAACAAGUUUAUAUUUAUCUGAUUCAGAAUAUAGUUUUGACUCUCAGUGUCCCAAAUUAGUAAAAGAAAGUGUAUAUAUACGAGACAAUGAAUACAGUUUUCAUAGUGGCUCAUGUCUACAUAGUGAAUCCCAAACAAUUGACAAUAGUCGAAUGGAACACCUGUUUAGUGAAUGUACGCCGUUAUCAUUAGACAAUGAUCAAAUGGAAAGUCUGUCUAAAAACAGUCUCUGUCUGUCCAAUAGUUGUUAUAGUUUUGAUUCAGACAAUAUUGCUUUACAUAAGUCAUUUAAUAGAAGUUACAUAACAAGUGUAUCCAAAAGUAGUGUCUGCGUUUCAGAUUGUAACCACAGAUUUGACAGCAUGAACGAUGCAUUUGAAGAUGAGCUGCCGACUUUCAAUCCAAAGAUUGGUUUUGGACUCAAUAGAUGGUACAAACAUUGA